GAUUCAAAGCUAAAGAUGAAGUCGGUUGUUAUAGUAUUAAUCGCUCUCCUCGUGUCCUGUAGUCAGGCAAUCAUCUACGAGGAUGUGCUUGCGGCCGAGUUUGAGGCCUUCAAGUUGGAGCAUGAGAAGAGCUACGAGGACAUCGACGAGGAGAACCUGCGCAUGCAGAUCUUCAAGCUCAACAAGGAAACCAUCGACAAGCACAACGAACGCUAUGCCAGGGGCUUGGAGACCUACGAGAUGGGCAUCAACCAAUUCUCGGAUAUGCUGCCAGAGGAGUUCAAGCAAAUAAUGUUGUCCAACAUAAACACCACCGAUUUCGACUCCAGCAUCGACUCGAUCUAUUUACCCCAAGAUAUUGAAAUACCAAAUGAGGUUGACUGGCGUGGCAAGGGCGCCGUUACAGCGGUGAAGAAUCAAGGCAGCUGCGGCUCCUGUUGGGCAUUUUCCGCUACGGGCGCUCUGGAAGGCCAUCAUUUCAUAAAGAGCGGUCGGUUGAUUCCGCUAUCCGAACAGAAUUUAAUGGACUGCUCCGGUGGGUAUAACAAUCACGGCUGUCAUGGCGGUUUUCCAUCGGCUGCGCUUAUGUAUGUGAGGAACAACCGUGGUAUUGACACUGAGUCGUCAUAUCCGUAUGAGGGCCGCCUUGGAUACUGUCGCUACCGUCGCUCAUUUAGUGGCGCAACGGUCUCUGGAGUGAAAAGAGUGCCACGCACCGAGAGUGCAUUGGCUUACGCUCUCGCAGAAAAGGGUCCAGUCUCGGUGUGCGUCGAUGCUAGCAAGUUCCAGCACUAUCGUGGCGGCAUCUUCAGCGAUCCUUCUUGUGGCCAACACGUGAACCAUGCCGUGCUUGCCGUUGGCUACGGUCCAGACUUUUGGCUGAUCAAGAACUCCUGGGGUAGCUGGGGAGAGCAGGGCUACAUGCGCUUGGCUCGCAACCAUGGCAAUAUGUGUAAGGUGGCCAGCUAUGCCGUUUUUCCAACUGUCUAAAGCAUAAACAACA